AUGUUUGGGGACCUAUUUGAAGAAGAUUAUUCCAGUGUGUCAAAUAAUCAUUAUGGAAAAGGGAAGAAAUUAAAGACCAAAGCUUUGGAGCCACCUGCUCCUAGAGAAUUCACCAAUUUAAGUGGAAUCAGAAAUCAGGGUGGAACCUGUUACCUCAAUUCCCUUCUUCAGACUCUUCAUUUCACACCUGAAUUCAGAGAAGCUUUAUUCUCUCUUGGCCCGGAAGAGCUUGGUUCCUUAGAGGACAAGGAUAAACCUGAUGCAAAGGUCCGAAUCAUACCUUUGCAGUUACAGCGGUUGUUUGCACAGCUUCUGCUCUUAGACCAGGAAGCUGCAUCUACAGCCGACCUCACUGACAGCUUUGGGUGGACCAGUGAUGAGGAAAUGAGGCAACAUGAUGUGCAGGAACUGAAUCGAAUUCUCUUUAGUGCUUUGGAAACUUCUUUAGUUGGAACCUCCGGCCAUGACCUCAUCAACCGUCUAUAUCACGGAACCAUUGUUAACCAGAUUGUUUGUAAAGAAUGUAAGAAUGUCAGUGAAAAGCAGGAAGACUUCCUAGAUCUAACAGUAGCAGUUAAAAAUGUAUCAGGUUUGGAAGACGCGCUCUGGAACAUGUAUGUAGAGGAGGAAGUUUUUGACUAUGACAACUUAUACCGCUGUGGAAACUGUGACAGGCUGGUUAAAGCAGCAAAGUCGGCCAAACUACGUAAGCUGCCUCCCUUUCUUACAAUUUCGUUAUUAAGAUUUAAUUUUGAUUUUGUGAAGUGUGAACGAUACAAGGAAACAAGCUGUUACACAUUCCCUCUCCGGAUCAAUCUCAAGCCUUUUUGUGAACAGAGUGAAUUAGAUGACUUGGAAUAUAUGUAUGACCUCUUCUCAGUUAUUAUACACAAAGGUGGUUGCUAUGGAGGACAUUAUCACGUGUACAUUAAAGAUGUCGAUCAUCUGGGAAACUGGCAGUUUCAAGAGGACAAAAGUAAACCAGAUGUGAAUUUGGAAGAUAUUCAGAAUAAAGAGGAGAUUGAUGAUCCAUUGAUGAUUCUAAAAGCAAUCUUACUACAGGAGGAGAGUAAUCUAAUUCCCGUUGAUCAGCUGGGCCAGAAACUCUUGAAGAAGAUAGGAAUAUCUUGGAAUAAGAAGUACCGAAAACAGUAUGGACCACUGCGAAAGUUUUUGCAGCUUCAUUCUCAGAUAUUUCUGCUCAGUUCAGAUGAAAGUACAGUUCGUCUAUUGAAGGACUCUUCUGUCCAGGCUGAGUCUGAUAUCCAAAGAAAUGAUCAACAACUUUUCAAGACACUUACUUCAGAAUCCUCAAGAUUAAAUGAUAGACCCUCCUGUCCCCACUGGUUUGAUAUAAAUGAUUCCAGAGUCCAACCAAUCAAGGAAAAGGAUAUUGAACAGCAGUUUCAAGGAAAAGAAAGUGCCUACAUGCUGUUUUAUCGGAAAUCCCAGUUGCAGAGACCCCCUGAAGCUCGAGCUAACCCACGAUAUAAGGUUCCAUGUCAUUUGCUGAGUGAAAUGGAUGCAGCUAACAUUGAACUACAAAUAAAAAGGGCAGAAUGUGAUUCUACAAACAAUACUGUUGAAUUGCAUCUCCACCUCGGCCCCUAUUAUCAGUUCCUCAAUGGGGCUCUGCACCCAGUAGUGUCUCAAACAGAAAGCAUGUGGGAUUUGACCUUUGAUAAAAGGAAAACUUUAGGAGAUCUUCGACAAUCAAUAUUUCAGCUGUUAGAAUUUUGGGAAGGCGAUAUGGUUCUUAGUGUUGCAAAGUUUGUACCAGCAGGACUUCAUGUUUGCCAGACACUUAAUGGAGAUGACCUGACACUGUGUGAAAUUGAAAUCACUGACGGAGAAGACAUCUUUGUAUGGAAUGGGGUGGAGGUUGGCGGAAUCCAGAUUCCAACUGGUAGCGACUGUGAACCUCUGCUUUUAAAUGUUCUUCAUGUAGCAACAAGCAGUGAGGGAGAGGAGUGUCAGCAGUUCAUAGAAUCUCCACAUGUCUUUCCAUCUAAUGCAGAAAUAGGCACUGUAUUCACAGCUCUAGCAGUUCCAGAGGGAGUCAUCUUAAUCAACAACACUGAAUCUAGAGAUGAAGAGAACUGGACCACCAUUCCCAAGGAAGACUUGAAAAAGACAUUCAGAGAGCAGGGCCUCAGAAAUGGAAGCUCAGUUUUAAUCCAGGGCUCUCAUGAUGGUAACAGUUUGUUGACAAAACAAGGGAAAUGGAUCGAUACUGUGAAUGAGAUCAACUGGCUCCAAGUUAAAAAUUUAAGCCAAUUAGAAUCUGAAGAGGAGCAAGUUAAAAUAUCAGCAACUCUUAACACAGUGGUGUUUGAUAUCCGAAUUAAAGCGAUAAAGGAAUUAAAAUUAUUGAAGGAACUAGCUGAGAACAGCUGUCUGAGGCCUAUUGAUAAAAAUGGGAAACUGCUUUGUCCAGUGCCAGACAGCUACACUCUGAAGGAAGCAGGACUGAAGAUGGGGAGUUCAUUGGGACUGUGUCCUGGAAAAGCACCAACUUCCUCGCAGCUGUUCUUGUUUUUCGCUUUGGGGAGUGAUGUUCACCCUGGGACAGAGAUGGAGAUCAUAGUAGAGGAAACCGUAUCUGUGAGGAAUUGUCUGAAGAUAAUGCUGGACAAAUGUGGCCGCACAGGAGACACAUGGCAUUUACGAAAAAUGAAUUGGUGCUUUGAAGCUGGGGAGCCUUUAUGUGAAGAAGAUGCAAAGCUGAACGAGCUUAUGAUCUGUUCUGGAGAUACUUUGCUUUUAAUUGAAGGAAAACUUCCUCCUCUGGGUUUCCUGACGGUGCCCAUCUGGUGGUACCAGCCUCGGGGGCCGCUGCAUCACUGGAAGGAUCACCAGGACCAGACGAAUUGUACCCUUUCUCAAGGCGGCGUCUGGAAAGCCAGUUCCACUCCAGGUGCUCCCAGUGACGCACACGCGGAAGUUUCCCUCUGGUACUUGGGAGACCUUGAAAUCUCAGAAGAUGCCACCUUGGGGGAGCUGAAGUCUCAGGCCAUGACCUUGCCCUCCUUGGAGUUUUCCAUCCCAUCCCCAGCCUUCCUCCGAGCCUGGACGGUGGAAAGUAAGCGUCCGGGCCGGCUCUUACGAGCCCACCAGCAGCAGCUCAAGGAAUAUAAAUUGGGAAAAAGAACUGAGAUCUGCUUAGAGCCUCUUCAGAAAGAAGAAAACUUGGGCCCCUGGGACGUGCUGCUGCGGACACAGAUGCGCCUCCCUGGCGAGAGAGCCUACGGCCCGCCCGUGGACGUGCUGUGGAACACGGCCCGCGGCUGGACAGCCGGCUCCCUGCGGCAGCGAGUGGCCGACGUGUACUCACUUCCCGUGGAGAAAAUUGAAAUUGCCAAAUACUUCCCUGAGAAGUUUGCGUGGCUUCCAGUAUCUAGUUGGAACCAGCAAACUAACAAGAGGAAAAAGAAGAAAAAGCAAGAUAAUUUGCAGGGUGCACCUUAUUACUUGAAAGAUGGAGAUACUAUUGGUGUUAAGAAUCUCCUGGUUGAAGACAAUGAUGAUUUCAGUACUGUCCGAGACGACAUCGGAAGGGAAAAACAGAAAGAGCUCGCCCUGGGGAAAAGGAAAAGCCGGGAGGCCCUCCGUGCGCAGAGCAGCGACGUCUUCUCUGGUGCAGAGACGCCCGCCCGGGCCCGUGGACCAGAAGCUUCUCUCUCCAUCCACGUCGGGAGCUUCAGAUAG